AUGGUCGCAUCAACAGAACCUGCGACAGCUUUCCUGCGGGUCAGGAGUUCGCGGACUGCACAGAGGUCAGUGUGGCAGCUGCAGGCUGCAAGCACAAGAGGCACGGCUCCACCGAUCGGGAGGGUGGUCUCCCGCCUGCCUGGUCGCGCCGUCGAUGCUCAGACAGUCCCGGCAGAGGCUGUUCCAUGGCUACUUCUCCUGUUCGCGGUGGGUCUGCCCUUGACCUUCCUGGAGAGUGCGCGCGCAUUCCCCGUAGGCUUUUUUGAAUUCUUCGGCACACUCUUUGGCAGGACGUCCCGACCACGGCAACUUGUGCGCCCGAAAGCUACCUUGACCGGAGCGGCUCGCCCGACCUCCGUACAGGAGGAAGCUCCACCUGAAGAUCUUGCCAAGGUGAGCUGGGAGGCGCCAGCAUCGUGGCAGGACCUGCUCAAGUCAAUCGCCCAGCUUGAAGAGCAGAUUCAGAUGAUGGCAUCGCCAGGCAAUUUCCAGGCGAAAGAUUAUGUGCAAAGUGUGGAAGAAGUGGCUCGCAGCGCUGAGCGGCUGGAGAGCGAUGUCAGGGAGAACCCCGCCGCCUGGAACCUUGACCUGGAGCUUCUGCGCCGGUUUUCCGAGCGUCUUCGCACAGCACCAGCUGCUCCAGCUCUUCGCGAGACUACAAAGCUGAUCUCUGCCUUGAUCUCGCAGCUCACUGCGAGAAGCCCGGGGGACUCGCAGCUGCUGUGGCAAGAGUUGCAAGAGGAGGCAAAAAGCGAUCCAAGCGUGCGCUCUAUGUUGAAAGACAUCCUUGAUCCGGCUUCAGAAGUCUGA